AUGAGGGUGUACAUCACGGCGACGGCGACCGCGGGCGCCGACGACGCGACGAAGCCCAAGACGGCGCAGCCACAGCCGCAGACACAGCAAGCGGCGCGGCGUGGGUGCCGCUCGGCUUCCGUCACGGGGCUCCUUGCCGGGCUGCUCCUCUUCCGCGCCGCGCUCCUCGCCAUCGAGGCCGGCGCCUCCCUCUGCCCUUCCACGACCGGGUGCCUGGACUGGCGGGCGGGGCUGGGGCGCUGGCUCUACGGCGACGGCGGCGACGCGACGGAGGAGUUUAUGAAGGAAUGGAGGCGUCACAGGGACGAAGCCACCCUGCUGGACCCUGUGGUGGUGGAAGCGGCGCCGGACUCCCUGGACGCGCUCAUGGCGGAGAUGGCCACCAUGCUGGCGUCCUACGACCGGCGGAUUGACAUGGAAGCCGUGGCGAUCAAGAUGAUGGCCAUGCUGCUGAAGAUGGAUCGGAGGGUAAAGUCAUCAAGGAUCCGGGCUGUGUUCAACCGGCACCUGGCAUCGCUGGGCAUCCCCAAGAGCGUGCACUGCCUCACCCUGCGGCUCGCCGAGGAGUUCGCGGCGAACUCCGCGGCGCGCUCCCCGGUGCCGCCGCCGGAGCACGCCCCGCGCCUGACCGACGCGUCGUGCCUCCACGUCGCGCUCGUGACCGACAACGUGCUUGCGGCCGCCGUCGCGGUGGCCUCCGCCGCGCGGAGCACCGCCGACCCUGCCAGGCUGGUGUUCCACGUGGUCACGGACAAGAAGAGCUACGUGCCCAUGCACUCGUGGUUCGCGCUGCACCCGGUGUCGCCCGCGGUCGUCGAGGUCAGGGGCCUCCACCAGUUCGACUGGCGCGACGCCGUCGUCGUCGCCUCCGUCAUGAGGACGGUCGAGGAGGUGCAAAGGAGCUCGCUGGAGUAUCACCAGCGUGAUGGAUCGGUGGAGAUGGAGCACAGACGGCUCGAAGCAUCCAAACCGAGCACGUUCUCGCUCCUCAACUAUCUCAAGAUCCAUCUCCCGGAGUUCUUCCCUGAGCUUGGUAGGGUGAUGCUUCUGGACGACGACGUCGUGGUACGCAAGGACUUGGCCGGGCUGUGGGAGCAGGACCUCGACGGGAACAUCAUCGGCGCGGUCGGCGCUCACGAAGGCAGCGGCGUCUGCGUCGACAAGACCUUUGGCGACCACCUGAAUUUCUCGGAUCCUGGCGUGUCCGGCCUACAUAGCUCGCAAUGCGCGUGGUCGUGGGGCGUCAACAUCGUCGACCUCGACGCGUGGCGACGAACAAACGUUACCGAGACAUACCAGUUCUGGCUACAAAAGGCAAUUGCCAGGAGCAAUCAGUUCGUGGCAGAUGGCCUCGCUGCCGGCGGCUCUGACACCUCGUUGCGUCAUGUGCAGAACCGGGAGUCGGGCUUCAGGCUGUGGCAGAUGGCCUCGCUGCCGCCGGCCCUGAUCGCGUUCGACGGGCGCGUUCAGGCGAUCGAGCCGCUGUGGAAUCUGCCGUGCCUCGGUUGGCGCGUGCCGCACCCCGACCUUGUGCGGUUCUCCGCCGUUCUGCACUUCAGUGGGCCACGGAAGCCAUGGCUGGAGGUCGCGUUCCCGGAGCUGCGGCAGCUGUGGCUCGCCCACUUGAACGCAUCAGACAGUUUCUUACAAGGAUGUGGUGUGGUCGAAUGGCAGUAA